GGGGAGGGAGGGAGGCAGGCAGGCAGGGCGUAGCUUCAUGGGGUUUGCAAGGUCGUCUGUAGGACGUCCAUCAGGUCUAUGUUAGGAAAUUUAGGACGUCGGGCUAAAUCAUGUCGAGUGAGCAUUUUAAUGUAGAAUGUUUUAGUCUUUAGUUCCGAGACCGACAAAACAAGAAAAGACGCAAAACGUGUAGUUCCAGACAGUGUAAUUUCAGUCGAAACUACUUCAUAAACGCGAAAGAUCAUCGUUGAGGCAUCUACUUGGGAUUUGUCUUUUGACAACUGAAUACUAAAUACCCAAAUUAAAGGUUCACAUAAUUCAGCCAUAUACCACGGCAGCCAUCGACAAAGCUUCCGAUAAGCAUGGGCCGAGGCAUCGUCAUGGGUUGUCUGAACCAGUGGCGGUAAUCAAAACGUUUUCAAGAGUGACGGAGCAAGCUCGGGGAUUGGGGGGUGAGUGCGUCUUAUCAGCGAGUCCGCGGCUAUCCCCGAGUGGCGAGGGCACGGAGAAACGCGACGGCGAGACGACCGACGCCAACGACGCUGCGGGUCUCGCUAUCGGGUGUCUGAGAAACAGCCGCCGGGCACAAAUACCAAGGCCACAAAAUCCCCUUCCGACUCGUCCGAACUUCAAGCAGUCGCUGAACAAGACCUACGAGUCUACGGCCACAGUUUUUUUUUUCCCCCAGGCAGACGCGACCAUGGCGAUACUACGGUUCUACCAGUCCCCGGCCCUCUCUGAGAGCGCCGCUAGGGGCAAGGUGGCUGCCAUCAAUGGUGCCCUGGGUGAGGAGGCUGUGGCCUCGGUCACAACCGAGUACUGCUACUAUGUCCAGCUGCGUGGUCAAGAAGCUCUUGACCAAGAGCAGCGCAAACGCCUGGUGUGGCUCCUCACGCCGGGAUUCAAGGUGCGCCUGGCUCCAGAGACUGGCCUUGCGGAGACCAACGGCAAUAUCGUGGUCGAGAUUGGACCCAGGCUGAACUUCUCGACACCGUCAUCAACCCAAUCGGUGGCGAUUUGCCAGACGAUCGGCCUCGAGUGUGUGGAUCGCGUGGAGCGCUCCACUCGCUACCUGAUUGCCUUGAAGAGUGGGCACACCAAGCUUUCUGAGGCAGCAAAACGCAAGGUAGUGGAUGUGCUGCACGACCGCAUGACAGAGGCCCAUUAUGUGACCCCGGUGACGUCCUUCGAGCUUCCUCCUAGCACUCACUCGUGGGAAGAGGUGGAUAUCCUGACCCAUGGGAGACCCGCUCUGGAGCGGGCCAGUGCCCAGCUUGGUCUCUCAUUCGACAACUGGGAUCUGGACUUCUACACGGACUUGUUUCGAAACAAGCUCAAGCGAAACCCGACCACCGUGGAAUGCUUCGACCUGGCACAGUCCAACAGCGAGCACAGCAGACACUGGUUCUUCAAGGGGCGCAUGGUGGUUGAUGGCAAGGAGAAGCCUGGAUCUCUCUUCUCUCUCAUCACGGCCACUCAGGACACCAGUAACGACAACAACGUCAUCAAGUUCUCGGAUAACAGCAGCGCCAUUCGAGGCUACGAGUUGCGAGUGCUUCAGCCGAAGGACACCACAGUAGGAAGCGCGUACACCGUCGUCGACGCUAAGCGUCACAUCAUCUUCACGGCUGAGACUCACAACUUCCCGACCGGCGUGGCGCCAUUCAGCGGUGCGACGACGGGGACGGGCGGCCGCAUCCGCGACGUCCACGCGGCCGGACGCGGUGCCCACGAGAUUGCCGCCACCGCUGGUUACUGCUUUGGGAACCUCCUCAUUCCAGGGUACGACCUUCCCUGGGAAGAGUCCCUUGAGUAUCCGGGAAAUUUUGCCUCUCCGUUGGAGGUCGCCGUGGAGGCAAGCAACGGCGCCUCGGACUACGGCAACAAGUUUGGCGAGCCGGUGCUCUCGGGUUUCUCUCGGUCGUUUGGCAUGGUCGUUCCCGGCGGCGAGCGUCGCGAGUGGAUCAAGCCCAUCAUGUUCUCGGCCGGCAUCGGCAGCAUCGACGGCGACCAGAUCACCAAGGAGAAGCCCGCCAAAGGCAUGCUAGUGGUGAAGAUUGGCGGUCCCGUGUACCGCAUCGGCGUCGGAGGUGGUGCGGCCUCGUCGGUGACCGUUCAAGGAGACCAGGAGGCCGAGCUGGACUUUGGAGCGGUGCAGCGUGGUGAUGCAGAGAUGGAGCAGAAACUACACCGCCUCGUGCGAGCCUGCAUCGAACGUGGCGCCCGCCAGAACCCCAUCCUCAGCGUUCACGACCAGGGUGCAGGAGGCAACGGCAAUGUCCUCAAGGAAAUAGUGGAGCCUGCGGGAGCCACCAUCUGGACGGAGCGCUUCCAGCUGGGCGACCCAACCAUCUCUACUCUGGAGCUCUGGGGUGCGGAGUACCAGGAGAGCGACGCCAUCUUGGUGCAUCCGAAGGACAGGGAGACUCUGGAGCGCAUUGCGGAGCGCGAGCGCUGCCCCGUCGCCUUCGUGGGCGAGGUGACGGGAGAUGGUCGUAUUGUGCUCAAGGAGGCCGGGAAGUCCGGCAAACGGGAUCCAGUCGACUUGGAUCUGGAUUCUGUCCUGGGGGACAUGCCACGCAAGGUGUUUGAGCUGAGUAGCUACAAGCCAGUGCUAAAGCCCCUCAGUCUUCCCGAUGGACUCAAGGUCCAAGAGGCUUUGCAGCGGGUGCUGCGGCUCCCUUCAGUGGCGAGCAAGCGCUAUCUCACCAACAAGGUGGAUCGCUGUGUGACAGGCUUGGUUGCCCAGCAGCAGUGCGUGGGGCCCCUGCACACGCCACUCGCAGAUGUGGCCGUGGUCGCACUCUCCUACUUUGACACGGUGGGCUCUGCCACAGCCAUUGGAGAGCAGCCAAUCAAAGGACUGCUGUGUCCUGCUGCAGGGGCCAGGAUGUCUGUGGCUGAGGCUGUCAGCAACUUGGUCUUCGCCAGGAUUUCUUCGCUUCAAGACGUCAAGUGCAGCGGCAACUGGAUGUGGGCCGCCAAGCUUCCCGGGGAAGGGGCCGCCCUCUACGAGGCCUGCAAGGCCAUGUGCGCCUCCAUGUCUGCCCUGGGCAUUGCUGUCGAUGGAGGAAAGGACUCCCUCAGCAUGGCGGCCCGCGUCGGCAAGGACACCGUCAAGGCUCCCGGAGCUAUUGUGGUGUCUACCUAUGCACCCUGCCCCAAUAUCACCGCAACAGUGACGCCAGAUCUAAAGAUGCCCAGUGCAAGACAAAGGGGUGUGUUGCUGCACAUUGACAUCACCCCCGACAAGAGGAGACUGGGAGGCACGGCCUUGGCACAGUGCUUCAAGCAGCUUGGCGAUGAAGUGCCAGAUUUGGAUGACCCCAGGAGGCUCCGCACUGCCUUCAACACCACCCAAGAACUGCUUUGCGAGGGGCUACUGAUGUCCGGGCACGACGUCAGCGAUGGCGGUCUUGUGACUUGCCUCCUGGAAAUGGCCUUUGCCGGCAACUGUGGCCUGGAAGUGGACGUGCCCUCCAAGGGCGACGCCAUUGCUGCCCUCUUCCACGAAGAGGUCGGCUGGGUGCUCGAGGUCGAGCCGCGAAACCAGGCCCGUGUCGAGGAGGCCUUCGAGCGCGCCGGAGUUCACUGCGUCGCCUUGGGACACAGCGUUGGAUUCGGGCCAAAGGCACAGGUGUCCGUGAGUGUGGCCGGCGAGCCCGUGAUAUCCGGGAAAGUGUGCGACCUGCGUGAUGUCUGGGAAGAGACGAGCUACCAGCUUGAGCUGCGUCAGUGCGACCCGGAGUGUGCUGCCGAGGAGCGCCAGGGACUCCUCAAGCGCACUGCACCCCCGUACAAGCUCACCUUUAGUCUCGACAUCCCCAGGCGUAACCCUGAGCCUCAACUUCGUGUAGCAGUACUGCGUGAGGAAGGAGUCAACAGCGACCGAGAGAUGGCGGCAUCCUUCUUCAAUGCGGGCUUCGAGGCCUGGGAUGUGACCAUGAGCGAUCUCCUGCGGGGCUCCGUGACCUUGGAUCAGUUCCGUGGGCUCGUCUUUCCAGGUGGAUUCAGCUACGCCGAUGUCCUCGGCUCGGCCAGGGGUUGGGCUGCCAGUCUGCUGUUCCACGAGAAGUUGGCCGCCCAGCUGGCCGCCUUCAAGGACCGGCCGGACACCUUCAGCUUCGGCAUUUGCAAUGGUUGCCAGCUCAUGGCCCUGCUGGGAUGGGUGGCUCCCUACACCACAGAGUCAGGGUCAGUCGAACCGGGAACGCAGCUUCUCCACAACCGGUCCGGGCGCUUCGAGUGCCGCUUCACAACGGUCCGCAUCGAGCCCGGACCUGCCAUCAUGCUGGCCGGCAUGGAGGACUCGGUGCUGGGAGUCUGGGUUGCCCACGGAGAAGGUCGCUUCGAGUUCCGCCAUGACACCCUUCUGGACGAGAUGGAGUCGCAGCGGCUCGUGGGCAUGCGCUAUGUCAACGACGCGGGUGCCCCCACGACCGAGUAUCCCCUCAACCCCAACGGUAGCCCGCGGGGAGUCGCGGCCCUGUGCUCGCGCGAUGGCCGCCACCUGGCUGUCAUGCCGCACCCUGAGCGCUGCUCUCUCCCCUGGCAGUGGGCCUACGUGCCGCAAGAAUGGAAGCGGACGAAAUUCGCCGUUUCGCCAUGGGCCAAGAUGUACGACAACGCGUACGCGUGGUGCACCGGGGUGGCUCAGUGAGUGCCCUUGCCGUACUCCGUUCACUCCAGAGCCGACUGUACGAUGAAAGCUGUGUGCUCGCCGGACUGAUCGAGUGCCUUCCUCUCGUCACCUAGACCCGCCCUGUGAGCUUUGGUGGGGGUGGGAGCACGAUCACGUGGUGAAAGAGAAGUAUGACUGGUGUGACAGGCACGAAGCUCCCAUCGCACUGUCGGGUUGGAGUUGAACGGAGUAUGGUCUCGACAGGUCGCCCUUGCCGCGUCUAGUACGUAUGGUAUUGCGUGCCGGUGGCUGCGUAGUCCCGGCCGAAUAACCCAAGACCACAUGCGUUUGCACACUUAGCGGAGGAAACUACUACGGUGACAAAAAUGGUUGAAAAAUGUUGAAAUUAACUCAAACGACUUUUGUUAAUAAAUAAUUGCUCUUGCAUAA